AUGGGAAACGGGAUGUGCUCCCGAAAGCAGAAGCGGAUCUUUCAGACACUGCUGCUGCUAACCGUGGUAUUCGGCUUUCUCUAUGGCGCGAUGCUCUACUACGAGCUGCAGACGCAGCUGCGGAAAGCCGAGGCGGUGGCGCUCAAGUACCAGCAGCACCAGGAGUCCCUUUCCGCCCAGUUACAAGUUGUGUAUGAACACAGAUCAAGAUUGGAGAAAUCCUUGCAAAAGGAAAGACUUGAGCAUAAGAAAGCAAAGGAAGAUUUUCUGGUUUAUAAAUUAGAAGCACAAGAAACACUGAAUAAGGGAAGGCAAGAUUCUAAUAGCAGGUACAGCGCAUUGAAUGUUCAACAUCAGAUGCUGAAGAGUCAACACGAGGAGCUAAAGAAGCAACACAGCGACUUGGAAGAGGAACACCGCAGACAAGGAGAAGACUUCAGUAGGACAUUUAAUGACCACAAGCAGAGAUACCUGCAGCUGCAGCAGGAGAAAGAACAAGAGCUUUCUAAGCUAAAAGAAACCGUGUACAAUCUGAGAGAAGAGAACAGGCAACUGAGGAGAGCGCAUCAGGACAUGCACACACAGCUGCAAGAUGUCAAGCAACAGCAUAAGAAUUUACUCUCCGAGCAUGAGCAACUUGUAGUGACUUUGGAAGACCACAAGAGUGCACUAGCUGCUGCACAGACUCAAGUUGCAGAAUAUAAACAACUGAAAGAUACACUGAAUAGGAUUCCAAGCUUUCGAAAACCAGAACAAACAGAACAGCGAAAUAUUACCCAGGUGGCACAUUCUCCACAAGGUGACAGCACAGCAAGAGACGAGUCACCUGGAGAGCCUCGGGAGGUGUCUCGAAAUAGUGAAGUGUGGCAGAACCAUGAAGCAGCCCCUGGAAGAACAGAGGAAACAAAACCUUACCCUUCCACCCAGAAGGAGGCAGAAUUUCAGGCUCCCGCGGAACUGACCCGGCAAGAAGCGGGACCCAGGGAGCCGGAGGAGCGACAGGUGGAGGAGGAGCACAGGCGGGCCCUGGAGGAGGAGGCCAUGGAGCAGGUCGGGCGGCCCGAGCACCUCGAGGAGGAGCACGACCCAUCACCCGAGGAGCAGGAUCGGGAGUGGGCGGAGCAGCGCGAACGAGAGGAAGCCAGACGCGUGGCAGGGGAGGCUCGUGCUGAGGUGCAUCCUUCAGCCAAGCCGGUUACCAGACUCCAGUCGCCGUAUGAGGAGCAGCUGGAACAGCAGAAGCUGGCGGCGCAGCGGGCGGAGGAGGCCCAGCGGCUGAGGGAGGAGCAGGAGGCCCUGCACCAGCAGCGGCUGCAGGGACACUUGCGGCAGCACCAGCAGCAGCAGCUCCUCACCAGGGAGACAGCCCGACAGCAGCAGGAUGGGCUCCAGGAGGGCCGGCUGCAGCGCCCUGAGCAGCCACGGCAGCAAGCUCGUUACGAUGCUGUGGAUAAUGAUAUCGUUCAGGGAGCAGAGGACCAGGGCAUCCAGGAAGAGGAAGGAGGUGCCUAUGAGAGAGACAAUCAGCACCAAGAUGAGGCAGAAGAAGACCCAGAGAAUGGACAUGAGCUGCAAGAACAACGGCCCCAUGAAGCUGACCCGGAACCUGAGGGAGAUAGGGCAGCUGUAGAGGAUAUAAACCCAGCAGAUGACCCUAAUAAUCAAGGCGAGGAUGAAUUUGAAGAAGCUGGGCAAGUGAGGGAAGAAAACUUGCCAGAUGAAAAUGAAGAGCAAAAACAAAGUCACCAAAAGCAACAGAAUGCAGAAAUGGAGGAACAUUUGGUGAUGGCAGGAAACCCAGACCAGCAGGAGGACAACGUGGAUGAGCAGUACCAGGAAGAAGGGGAAGAGGAGGUUCAGGAAGAUUUGACUGAGGAGAAAAAAAGGGAAUUGGAGCAUAAUGCUGAAGAGACCUAUGGUGAAAAUGAUGAAAAUGCCGAUGAGAAAAAUAAUGAAGGAGAAGAGCAAGAAGUUCGAGAUGACAACCACCCCAAAGGCCGAGAGGAGCACUAUGAGGAGGAGGACGACGAGGAGGAGGAUGGGGCUGCUGCCGCUGAGAAGUCACGGCGAAGAGCUGAAAUGUAG